CCUGUUCCAUUUCUCGAUACAAGGAAACCCUUGUUCCAUUUGUCGAUUUUUUUUUUUUUUUUUUGCACUUGUUUGAUCGCUGAUUUCACCGGUGUUUUGGUGAUUCCACAGGAGCUCGAGAGAGAGGUUGAAAGAGAGCAUCCCACUACCGUCGCCCAUCAGCCCCUCCGCAGUCGCUAUCGCUCCAGCUAAAAUUUGAUCCCGGUCUCCCUCCUCGCUCGCUUUGUCUGAAAGUCGAUUCGGUCUCCCUCCGCUCUCGCUCCGAUUGAGAGCGUAUCUGUCCAAGUUGGGAACCAAAGGGGAAAAGCAACAACCUGCAAAUGCUCCC